AUGCCUAGAAACUUAAAAACCCAAGCUCAACUCCAAGCCCAAAUCACCCAAUUAAAGCAAGAAAACACCCAUUUAAGAACCUUAUUAAGAGUAAUUUUAGAUACCGCCCAUUUAGCCAUAAACGGAAAAGAAGAAGAAAAACCCGAACAACCCUUCAGCCCACCUUCUUGUGCCAAUUGUGGAAAAGCUACUGCCCCCAAUGCCACCAAGAAAAGCCUAUUAACCAACUAUUUAAGCGGCAUUGUGAAACUUGCGAAAGGAGCCCAAAUGACUAAAACCCGCAUCCAACACCUUUACCCACUAACCGGCACUAUCACCGGCCGCACCCUUAAAAAAGCCUCCCCACAAAGCAAAUAUGCCGGCAAUUUAUUUUAUAGUCUAACCGUCAACUUAGAAAACCAGAAAAAAACCAUUCAAGUUUUUAAGGAUAAACUAACUAACCCCCAAAUCUGA